AAAACUCAUGUCAUGUUUUCCACUAAUGCGAUGAGACUUGGAUCAACAUGAUCGUGGGUUUCCUUGUGGUUCUGAACACUCUCAUCCCAGGCGGUGUCUCAGUGUCCACGUGGAGCAUGGACGUUUCCAAGGAGACUGAGGCGAGAAGAGGACGAGACGCCGUCCUCACAUGCUCCUUCACCCAUCCCAAGCAGGACCACUAUACCGGCAACAUCAGGGUCGAGUGGUCCAAAAAAACGACCUUCUUUGAGUGCUCCAUCCAAAACAUCUCCUCAGAGAACCUCAGGGACUGCUCAUGGUCAAGGUUUUCGCUGCAUGGCGACCCGCGACAAGGGGUGCUGUCGCUCCUUAUCCAAGGGGUCCUGCUGACCGACGAGGGCGAGUACUUGUGCCGUAUAAAACUGGACUAUGUGCCUCGGAACUACGAGAACAAGAUGGAGAAGACAAUGGCGCUAAAGGUCGUAGAGGAGCCGGAAAUCCUCAGCUUGUCAUUGGUCAACGACAGCGCCCCCCAGUGGCUGCAGUGUAUUACAGCGGGCAACCCCCUGCCCAACAUCACCUGGCUGUCCACCUCCAGGGGUCCCAUAUUAGCUGAGAAGGAGAAAAACCAAGGGUACCGGCUGACCAGCUGGGUCCCUUAUGAGGUGGGGGACCGGGUCACGUGCACAGCGACGAGUCGAUUGGGCCGGGCUGAGCGGACCCUGCUCCCCCCCUCAAACGCUCUGACCGUCGCUCUGAUAGCGGGCGCCGGCGCUGUGCUUCUGCUGCUGGCCACAGGGGGCGUCGUGCACCUGCUGAGGCGCAGAGAAGAGCGUCCACUGCACUGCGCACAUAGUCCAGCUGAGGUCGCUGUUGACCUUCAGGUAGUUUACUCCACUGUUGUGCUUCCUGUUUCCGGUGAGAGUGUCACGCGCACACAAGAGACAUUGUACUCCACUGUGAGAACACAUUAGUCGUCAUGCCGCCAUGACAGAAAACGCCGCAGAGGUCACCGAUGAGCUGGAGCCUACCCCAGGUGUUCACCUGUCAAUCAGACUGAAAGCGAGACAAAAACAUGACAAUCUUUCAUGGAUUAAAAACUGUUGCUUUUACCAAAAAAAAUAAAUGUGCAGUAAUGGCAGAUACAGUAUAUAUGUUGUCAAUAAAUUAAAAUGGAUUGAAAAAUAACAAA